AUUAAACCGCCAUCUGUCUUCUUUCUUCCUCCCUCUGGCAUUACAUGAGAUCAGUCUUCUUCUUCUUCUUCAUCAUCAUCAUCGUCGUCAUCUAUCAGAGUCAUUAAACAACAUGGCCCAAUCACCAAACAAAGCACAGGAACGUCUCUCCCAAGUCUCGUCGCACCUCGGUGGCUCUCCUUCCUCGAACAAGUCUAUACUCUCCAAGUCCCCCGACGAUGUUGUUGUCACCUGCGCUCUCCGAACUCCUUUCACAAAGGGAGGCAAGGGCUUGCUGAAAGACACCGCAGCCGCCGACCUCCUCGCCCUCACUUUCAAGAACCUCCUCGAGCGGUCGAAGAUUGACCCGGCGCUGGUCGAAGACAUUGCCACAGGCUGCGUUCUUGCUCCUGGCGGUGGAGCGACCGAGUACCGGGCCGCAGCUCUUGUAGCCGGAUUCCCAGAGUCGACCGCGGUCAAGUCGCUGAAUCGACAAUGUUCCAGCGGCCUGCAGGCAUGUGUCGACAUCGCCAACGCCAUCAAGAGCGGGAUCAUCGAGAUCGGGGUGGGAUCCGGCGUAGAGAGCAUGUCUUCACAGUACGGGCCCGGUGCGGUCACUGAGUUCUCGGACCUUUUGGAGAAUCACAUGCAAUCCGCGAACUGCAAGGUGCCCAUGGGUGUCUUGUCGGAACAAAUGGCAAAAGACAGGAAGAUUUCACGUGCGGAUCAAGAUGCUUUUGCAGCCAGCUCGUACCAGAAGGCACUCAAGGCGCAACAGGCAGGUCUUUUCGACGAAGAGAUCGCCCCCAUCACCGUCAAGUACACCGAUCCCAAGACGGAAGAAGAGAAGACCGUGACCGUGACGAAGGAUGACGGCGUUAGACCAGGGAUGACCCCGGAGACGCUGGGCAAGAUACGUCCCGCAUUCGCCAAAGACGGCUCCAUUCAUGCCGGCAACGCAUCACAGAUAUCUGACGGCGCCGCCGCCGUGCUCAUGAUGAAACGCAGCACCGCGGAGCGACUGGGCCAACCGAUCCUGGGUAAAUUUGUCGCUGCAUCGGUGGUUGGUGUGCCGCCGCUACUGAUGGGCAUCGGACCGUGGAAAGCGAUCCCGGUGGCCCUUGAAAAGGCGGGUGUCAACAAGGACGAGGUCGACAUCUACGAGAUCAACGAAGCCUUUGCCAGUCAGGCUGUCUGGUGUGUAAAGGAACUUGGCCUGCCCUUCGAGAAGAUCAAUCCCAAGGGCGGCGCGAUCGCCUUUGGCCAUCCUCUCGGAUGCACGGGUGCCCGACAAGUGAGCACACUGUUUACCGAGCUUAAGCGAACGAACAAGAAGAUUGGCGUCACGAGUAUGUGUGUUGGCACCGGAAUGGGUAUGGCUGCCGUUUGGGUAGCCGAGUAAAAGGAAGCCUGGCGAUAGCAUCUAUUGGCGUAUACGUAUGGCGUUCGGAGGAAUAUCGCUACAAGCACAUGUAUGCAUACGGGUCCCAUAUCACCUGCUGUAAGACCAAGUCGAGUCACUGAGCCCAGAAACACCUGUAUCCCUGUGUUGGCUUGCAAGUCGCUUCAUCUGUUCACCCCCACAAUGAUGUCCCUCUCGUGUGAGUUUUCGAGCAGGGGUGCAAACCAUGGCCCAGUCGAGGGCAAGGUCUUCCUCUUUGGGUGUUUCUGAUCCAUGUCGCUUGUCGCAUCCGGUUCCUUGAUGCUGUGACUUAUCAUCGCAAAUUCCUGAUUCAAACGAGGCACUGUUACACGACGUGUUCUCCUAACAACGUGGUUUGCCUAACUCACAACAGUGCCAGCUCAUGAAACUCACAACCGUUACACUGCCCUCGAUGGCCCUCUUUUCAUAUCUGAUCCUAACCUGUUCACUCCCUAAAGUCGCUGUCGAGUAAGAUUU